UGCUGCAGUGAAAACAAAACACUGACGAUGAAUUUUGGACACAUUUUCUGUUGAUUUGGAGUCAAAACAGUAAAAAUGUCGGAUUUAUUAACACUAACCCCCCAGGAGCGACUGGACCGUCUGCAGGAGCUGACAGAGUUCACUGAGAGCUGCAAAACACAGCUAGACGGUUUAUUAGAGACGUUGGGAUGGUCGCUGGACGACAAGGACCCUAACCAGGAAGCGAUGGAGCAAUGUCCGUAUGACCCUCACCACCAAGUCCCCGUCAGAAGCAUGGAGAAACACAAAGCUUUCUGUAGCCUCAGAAAGAUGGGCUACACAGCUGAGGAGCAGGAGGAGAUGAUCGACCCUUCGGUGUGUUACGAGAACAACAGCAUCAAAACCUUUACAAUGGACAAACCCACGCAGCACCAAGUGAUCCUGCAGGCCAGAUCUGCUGCUCCACUCAUGAGGAUGGAGGGAGUCUUCUGGCAAGGUCAGUACUCCGGCCAGCCCGUCGAUGUUCCUCAGAGCCACAAGCGAACUGUGUGUGACCUCACUGUCGCCGACCGGUUGGCUCUGUACGAUCACGUGAUCGGCGUCUUCAACAGACAGAAGGAAGCCGGCUCCUCCAGCAACGAUGAUCUCUACGUAGAUUUGGUGUCCAAACUACAGAAGGAUGAAGAACAAAAUGAGCCAAAGACUCACCUGGAGCUGAUGGCAGAGAUGAGGGACUACAAGAGGCGGCGUCAGUCCUACCGAGCCAAGAACGUUCACAUCACUAAGAAGUCUUACACUGAGGUGAUCAGAGAGGUGAUCAACGUUCACUCAGACGAGCUCUGCAAGCAGUGGAGAGAGGAGAGAGAGGAGGAGAAGGACGAGGAGGAGGAGGAGGAAGGAGGAGAGAGAUCUGAACACUCGUCCCACAGACGUCGGUCGGAUGAAAGGCAGUCGGUGUCGUCAGAUUCCCGUCAGUCCCACAGCAGACGCCACCGCAGCCGAGAGAGAAGCCACGAGAGAGAGAGCAAGAAGAAGAAAAAGAGGAGUAGGGAUUCUCGAUCACCAGACGACAACCAUCACCACCACCACGAACGAAAGAAGAAGAAAAAGAAGAAGAAAGACGAGCGGGAGAAGGAGAAGUGAGAGCGCCGGAUCAGCAUUUACGUGAAGUCAAAGGUUGUCGUGGCC